AUGCCACCUAAAAAAGAUGAAAUUGAUAUAAAUGCCUUACCACCACUUAAACAUCUUUGUGUAGGUAUUAGAAUAGAAGCUGGAAAGAGUCGUGCUACUAAAUUAUUACAUUUACUUAAAGAAUGCAAAUCAUUUUAAAAGAAUGUAACUAGAGAAGAAAUUAUUAAUUUUUGCAAAGAAAAAUAAUUAUAUGUAGAUCCAUCUUCAUUGACUGAUAAAUAAAAGAAAGUAUAUUAUUGAUUAUAAUAAUAGGAUUCUAAAUUUAUGGCAGAAGUAGCAACAGAACUUACAUCUGAAGUUAUGAAUAAAGGAUUUCAAAUGUUUAUUUAAGAUUAAGUCUUAUAAAUUAGAAAAGCUAAAUUCUUAGCUACUUAAGCAUAAGCUGCUGAAAAAGCUGCUCCACCAAAGAAAGAUGAUAAGAAAGAUGUAAAAAAGGGAGGAAAAGAUACUACGGCAGUUGCACCUAUUGUUGAACCUGAAAAAAUUAUACCUGAAAAAGAAUACUCUAAAAACUUUGAUGUUGUUUUUAUUGUUCAAGGAUUCCCUUAAGUACCAUAAGAAUCUAUUGAAUUCAUUAUGCAUAUUAAAGAAAAAGUUAUUAAUUGGGGUGGAAUUGAUAUGAAUCUUUUAGAAUAACCUGAAGAUUUCUAAGAAGAAUUAGAAAAAAGAAUGGAAGAAUUUGUAUAACCUGUUACUAUUAAAAGAUCAUAUUCAGAAGAAUCUUUACAUUAUACUACUGCUGAAAGAGCUGUUAUUGAAGAAAUCAAAAAAUAAAGAAAUGCUUCUUCUAAAACAGAUCAACUUAGAUAACUUACUAUUAAAGAAUUAAUUUUAGAAAUGGAUCUAGAAUCUGAAGAAGAAACGCUUAAAUUAUUUCACGAAUAAUUAAUUGAAGAAAUAUGUUAAUUUAGUAUAGAUCAAUAAUAAUUUAAUGAAUGGAUUCUUAAUAAAAAACCUAUUCCAUUAAUUACUAAAGAAGCACCUAAAGAUCCAUUUGAUUUAGAAGUUGAAAAAAUUAAACAUGAAGCUCAUUUAGCUGAAGAAUAAUAAAAAGCUGCUGAAGAUGCUGCUGCAGCUGAAAAAAAUAAAAAAGGAGCAAAAAAAGAAGCAAAAAAAACAGAUGCUGAAUUAGAAGCUGAAAGAUUAGCUGAAAUUGAAAAAAAUAAAUAAAUUGAACUUAGAAAAUAAUAAAUUGAAGAAGCCUUAGAAUAAUAAUCUAAAAUGAAAGCAAAAUUACAUUUAUAAUAUUAUAAGCGAUAAUUAUCUGAUGUACAUUUAUCUAAAGUAGGACCUUGUGUAUUAUUAGAAUGUUUAUUAGAUUAAUUAUCUGCUGAAGCUGCUUAUAUUUCAAGUUCUAAAGUACCUCCAUGUUUAGAAGAUUAAGAAGAUGCUGAAUAAGUUAAUAGACUUUUAGCUAAUCAAAAAAAAGAACCAUAAUAAUAAGAAAGUGCUAAAUAAUUGAUUCUCGAUGAAUGUGAUUACAUUUAAGUUAGAGCACAUUUUGGAUUAUUGCAUGAUUAAUAAUUAAUUGUAGAACGAGAACACAAAAUCUUUGACAAUCUAUAAUUUCCUGGUAUUGAUAGAUAAGGAAUGCCUGAAAUUGCAGAAAAGUCAGAUAAACUUAGAAAAGCUAAUAAGGCUAAAUUACAUCCAUUUAUUACUGUAGAUGUAAGUGAAUUUGAAAGAAGAUAAUUGCUUCUCUCUUUCGAAGAACUUCUUAAAGAAAACGAACCUGAAUAGGAUUGGUAUAUGGGUGAUCGUAUCUACAUGGAAAGACAUAAUAAAAAUACUCUUAGAUAACAAUUUUAUGAGGCAUUAUUACAUGAUCCAUAAGUUGUUUUAAAAUAUUUACCUGAUGAUGAUGCUCUUAUGGUUUGUUGUUAUUAUAAGAAUCCACCAGGAAGAACAUUAAGAAAGAAAUGGUCAGCAGAAUGGAGAGUAUUACCAAAUUUGGAAUAUUAUAUAUAGGUUAGAAAUUUUAAUAGUGAAUAUUAUUAUGAUAUUGAUUAUUAAUAGAUAGGUUCAAUAACAGAGAGAUCGAAAAUAAUGUAUCCAACAGAUAAUUCAUUAAUAAUAGCAACAAAGUUUACAGUAGGAGAGGUUGAAAGAUUGAGAUAUAGGGUGAUAAAGGAGAAUGUAGUGUUUGGUAUAUAAGGGGGUUUUUAUAGUUAAUUUAGUGAUUUGAGAAUGAGUGUAUAGGAUUAGAUAAUGAAUUUGACAUUUAAAAAUGGUCUUUGUUUGAGAUUUACAUAGAAGGGUGAGGUAGUUUAAUAAUAUUUGUAUUAAAAAGCAUAAGAAUAGAGUUAAACAUUAUUGAAUUUGUAUGAUAAUGCAGAGAUAAAUCACGAAUUGGAGAUAAAGAGAAUAAUAACAGGAUAGGGUAGUGUGAUAGUUUAUAAGAAGGAUGGUUCAAUAAUAGUGUUAUAUGCAAAUGGUAAUGUAUCGAUGUACAAAAAUGAGAUGUGGAUAACAACAAAUAAUAAGGGUUAUAGAAAGUCUUAAAAAGGAAUAGAGAAGAUACCUUGUGCAACAAAGAAUGAUCCUGAGAGUGGAGCUAGAGUGUAUAUAAGAGAUGAUUAGACAUUGAUAAUAAAUUAUAAGGAUGGGAGUCAAUAUACAUAACAUUAUGAUGGGACAAUGAUGUUAAUAAAGGGAGAUAAGGUAAUAGUGGAGCAUCCCAAUUUUGCAAGUGUUGUAGUGACAAUAGAUAAGGUAAAGUAGAGAACAGGGACAAUAAUUGGAAUGGGUAGUGCAUAUGCAAAUGUGGGUUUUGAGAAUAUAUUUGAAAGAAGUAAUGAUGGUAGGGUGGUUGAGACUUAUUAUUAGGGAUGCAAGGUUAUAUCAUACAUAGAGAAGUAAGAAUUACCAGAAUACAAAUAAUAUAAGACUAAUAGGAUUCAUUUGAUGUAUACUUAAGAUGGAAGUGUUGCAAAAGUUGUAGAUGAUGGUGAAAUAGUUAUUGUAACAGCAGAAGAGAGAGUGCGAUUAAAUAAUAAAGGAGAAAAGAAAUAAUUAGGAUAAGACCUAGAUUAUUGGUUAUAAUUGUUUUCUGUCUCUGAUGAACGAAAAGCUGGUGUCUAUACUAUUGAUUUAACUAGAAAGUGUAUAUUUACUAAGGAUGAAGAAUCUAAUUAUUUUUAGAUUGAUGAAGAUGGUAAUGUAACAUCUAAGAUUUCUGUAUCUUUAAAUUAAGAACCAUCAACUCCAGAUCAAAUUCCAGAUGGAUUAUUUGUAGAUGAAGAAAAUAAAGUACUUCCACCUCCUAAAUCAUGGGUUCCUCCUAGAUUAUUCUUAGUUAAAAAUGAUAAUACAGGUAUUGAAUUAUUUAAUCAUACUCAAUUAUAAGAUUAUUUUAGACUUAAAUCAGAAAAUCCAUUCUCUACUAAAUUAAUUGAUGAAUUACCAAAUAAUGUUAAAUCUAUAUCAUUUAUUACUGAAUUAAAAAAUCAAUCUAAAAAGUUUAUUGAUGUUAAAAUACCAUAAACUUUAGAUAUUGUACCUAAAACUGUUUAAAAAACAACUAUUAUACCUCAUAAAGUUUUUACUUAUAGAAAUUUCUUAGAAUAUUUACCUUUCGAUAAAGAUCAAAGAACUAUUCACGAAUAAUCAUUAUAAAAAUAUGAAGUCUGGUAAAAAGCAAUGUAAAAAGCAUAAAAUGAAUUUGGUGUAAUAUAAAAAUCAGAAGAUGAAAGAGAUGCUGAAUUUAUUAUUUAAAUGAAGAUAUUGGAAAGUAGAAGAACUGAUUAUUCUUAUGAAUCCUAUGAUUAAGCUAAAAGUAAAAUUAGCUUAUCUGAUUUGACUUCCAAUAUAAUAGAACCACUAGAAUAAACACUUGUAAGAACAUCCAAAGUAUAAUAAGUAGUUUAAACUGCUUUUGUUGAUUUAUAAAGAAAAGUAUAAACUAUUUAACUCUAAAAAUCUAUCAAACCAUUAACUGAAGCUAAAGGAUUUGUCUAAAAUUAUUUUGAUACUAAAGAAGGACAUGAAUAUUUAAAAAGUGCUCCUGAAGAUCCUCCUAUAAAAAAACCAAGAGAAAGGAUAGUCUAAACAACAGAAGAAGUAUAAAAUUGUUAGAAUUAAUAAGAAGUAUAAAAAACAAUACCAGAAGGUCUUAUUCCUUUAGAAUAACCUUAAUUACCUUCUCCAUAAUAUAAUAAUACUAAUAAUUUAGCUAAGGUUAUUAUUAAACCUUCUGUUUUUACUCAAGCUGAAAUAGAUGAAGAAGUUAAAUAACAAAAACAGCUUGAUGAUUCUAUUAGAUAUAGAUAAGUAAAAAAGAAAGAUUUCGAUGUUUAUGGAAAAGAAAGAAAAGAUAUUAAAUAAGUUCCUUGUCUUCUUAAAACUAAUCCAAAAUCAGAAUUGAAUUAGAAAUAUAUUCUUACUGAUGCUACAACUGAUAAUAGAAUUAAAAUAAGUUCUAUGGCUACAAGAGUUUAUUAAUAGGCUGCUCCUAUUAGUCAACUUAGAAAUGAAGGCAUGCAUUAAACUAUAAUUAGAACAUUAGACAAAAAAAAUAAUUUAGAAGAUCUAAUAGAUAAAAAGAAUCUUAUGGUUACGGGUGAUAUUAAUGAUAGAUUAAAAAAAGAUUUAUUAAUAUAUCCUAUUAGUGUUCAUUUUGGUGAACUGAAAUAAGGAAGUUCUUAUGAAUUCAAGAUUUCUGUGAAGAAUGAAGACAUUAUGGCUUAACGUAUAAUUCUUAAAUAACCUUUGAAUACUAAUAUCAAAGCUAUUAUGAAAUAGAUGGGCUCAGUAUUCUUUAUUUAUUUAUUUAGAUCUCUCUUGGUUUAGUCAGAGAAGUAUUUGUUCAUUUUCAUGCAGAAAGAAUUGGUUAGUUCUCAGAUGAGCUUUAAAUUAUGUCUAAACAUUCUAUUUAUACCAUUCCUAUCAUUGCUAAUGUACUUGAAUAGAAUGUUUUUGAUAAACUUAAUUCAGAAUAGAUCAAAUUAAUUAAUAAACCACUUUUAAGUAGGCAUGUUAAAGAUCUUAAAGCUGUAUUACAUUUUAUCUUAUUAUUUUAAGUAAUCUAAAUAAUAAGAUAUCAUUGGAGAUAGUUAGGAUUCUGAUCUUCUCCCAAAAAUUAAUUAUGAUAAGAAUAUCAAAAUAGAUCCUUUCUAAAAUCAAAAGAAAGAUGAAUAAUCAUAUGAAGAAGAAAAUUGA